GAUGAAACGGACACAUUCAUGAAUGGACGCUAGCGAUUUGCUUUUGAUUUAGGGUUCUUGACAGGGAAGAGACAAUGGCAUUCCUCCUGAGAAGCGCGCGAUGGAACCAGUCCUUGCUCGGCGGCAGUCUUAGAUCAUCCUUCUUGUCGGCGCGGCCAUUCACAAGCUCGAGCAUCCGCUCCGCAGAAGGAGAAGCGCCCGCUCCAGGAGCUUCUUCUCCAGCCAGUGAUUCUCCAGCUAGCGAUUCUCCAGCCCCUGCUGCCGAAUCUGCCAAGGAUGCGGCGAAAUUUCCACCGAUCUUUCUGUCGCAGCGGAGCCCCGUCUAUCUCAAGCGCAUCGGCCGCAUGGUGAACAACAAGGCGAUCCGGGAUUUCAAGCGCCGGCUGUGCGUCGCGGAGCACGAGAACGAGCGCAUGCAGUACAAGGCGAUGACGCACGACCGCAAUCUCCCGCUCGAGGUCCGCCGAUAUUUCGAGAGCAAGCUCAACGCGCUGCCCAAGAACAGCUCCAUCACGCGGGUGAGGAACCGGUGCAUCAUCACGGGCAGGUCUCGAUCGGUCUACCGCAAGUUUAGAAUGUCGCGAAUCUGCUUGCGGGAGAUGGCCGGGCGCCACGAGCUCAUGGGGCUCUACAAGGCAUCGUGGUAGAUCUCUUUCAGGGAUUUUAGG